AUGUUUCAGGGUUUGGGAGCUGCCAAAAAUGCCGUUCGCAUGGCCAGAAUAGCCAAAUUCUAUGAGAAACUACCGAAGGGUCCUGCGCCCGAAAGAGCACCGAGUGGACUGUUGGGCAGAUAUCAGGCGAAAUACUUUGGCAAAGAUCCAUCCCCAGCCCCAAUUUGGCAUGCUAUCUUCGGCAUCAUGGCAUUGGGUUACAGCAUGGAGUACUACUUCCAUUUGCGACACCACAAGAACAAUGCCCACUGA